UCCAAUUUUUCAUUGUUGGAAACAGAACCUUCUCGCAGUAGUCCCCCUCGUGUUUCACCACUAUUUUUGUGGGUUCUUCAAAAGUUAUUUAUCUUUACUACGGUAUCCUACGCUGAUCCAUCGACUGACAUUUUGUCUGCGUAACAUCAAUUAGUGUGUGAAGCAUUAAUCGAGUUAUAAUUAGAUCGUGAGUUUAAAUAAAAUAUUCGAAAAUGGUUGGAAUUUCUGCUGCCGGCGACGGACGACGCGCCCAUGGUCAAGCUUAUAAAGAUAAAAGCAAACCAGCUGAUAUUCGUGCCAGCAACAUCAAUGCGGCAAAGGCUGUCAGCGAUGCCAUCCGCACAAGCUUGGGUCCUCGUGGUAUGGACAAAAUGAUCCAAGCUAGCAAUGGCGAGGUCACCAUCACCAAUGAUGGAGCGACAAUUUUGAAACAAAUGAAUGUUGUGCAUCCUGCUGCAAAAAUGUUGGUAGAAUUGUCAAGAGCGCAGGAUACUGAAGCUGGUGACGGUACCACUAGUGUGGUUAUAGUAGCUGGUGCACUUCUUGAGGCAGCUGAACGUUUACUCCACAAAGGAAUUCAUCCUACAUCCAUAAGUGAUGCUUUUCAGAAGGCUGCACUCAAAGCUGUUGAAAUCUUAAAAGAAAUAUCUCAGCCUAUUGAACUUACAGACAGAGAAUCAUUGAUCCAGAGUGCUGCAACAUCCCUCAACUCGAAGGUGGUGUCUCAACAAUCCAGUCUCCUUGCUCCAUUGGCGGUUACAGCAGUUCUUAAGAUCACAGAACCAGGAAUGGAAGCUGCUGUGGAUCUAAAAGACAUUAAAGUUAUCAAGAAACUUGGUGGUACAACAGAGGACACAGAGCUCAUCGAAGGAUUGGUAUUCACACAAAAGUCAUGUAACGUUAAUGGACCAAAACGAAUUGAGAAAGCGAAGAUUGGUCUAAUUCAAUUCUGUAUCUCGCCCCCAAAAACCGAUAUGGACCACAACGUUAUUGUAUCAGACUACUCCGCGAUGGAUCGAGUACUGAAAGAGGAGCGCGCCUACAUCUUGAAUAUUGUCAAGCAAAUCAAAAAAAGUGGUUGCAAUGUACUUCUUGUGCAAAAGUCCAUUCUUCGAGAUGCUAUCAGCGAUCUGGCCAUCCAUUUCCUCGACAAAAUAAAAGUUAUGGUAGUGAAGGACGUCGAACGAGAAGAUAUUCCUUACAUUUGCAAAACCUUGGCCUGCAGGCCGAUUGCUUCCCUCGAUCAUUUCACCGCAGAAAAUUUAGUUAACGCCGAACUUUGUGAAGAAGUUCAAACUGGAAACUCCAAAUUCGUCAAGAUAACCGGGAUCCAAAAUCCUGGACGUACGGUAACCGUCUUGGUUCGAGGCAGUAACAAAUUGGUGCUGGAGGAGGCUGCUCGAUCUCUACACGAUGCCUUGUGUGUCAUCCGUUGCCUGGUCAAACAAAGAGCUAUAAUUGCCGGCGGAGGUGCGCCAGAAAUUGAAAUAGCUCUGAAGCUUGCUGCACACGCUCAGACGAUCGGUGGCGUGGAUGCCUAUUGUUUCAGGGCGUUUGCCAACGCGCUUGAGGUAAUUCCAUCCACUUUGGCGGAAAAUGCAGGCCUUAAUUCAAUUGCCACUGUUACGGAACUCCGAAACAGGCAUGCCCAGGGCGAGGUCAUGGCUGGAAUAAAUGUCCGCAAAGGAGCGAUAACCAAUAUUUGGGAUGAAAACGUUAUUCAGCCACUUCUCGUUUCCACCAGUGCAAUCACCUUGGCCUCGGAGACUGUUCGUAGCAUAUUGAAGAUCGACGACAUCAUUAACACAAUGCAGUAAUUGUUAGCUCCAUCUUCAUCAGCAUUGUUUUUGUUCCGAUUUCAGAUUUCGCCACACGGUUGUCUCGAGACUGACGCUUUAUACAACUCAUUUCUAAUAAAUAUUGGUAACAUUCACGUUCGAAACAUUACUACAAAACCCGCAUUUUGAGGUGCUUUUCUAUUAUUCCAACUAAGGAAACGUUAAGCUGCACUAUUUUCUUUCUUGUAUUCGUAUCAGAUUAUGUAACAAAAUGAAUAACAUUCUUUGGAAACAUGA